UAACCAACAAAACCCCACACCCACACCUUCUUCUUUAAUUCUUCAUUUUUCACCUUCCUCUCCACCAAAUUUCAUCGCUCUUCUCUCCAGAAAACUCCUCUCAACAGCAACAACAACAAUCUCACCAUCUUAAUCUUUGCUCUUCAAUCUUCAUAUUCCGUUUCCUCUGCUGCUGUUGCUUUGCUGCUAUCAUCACCGUUGCUUUGACAGAUUCCUCUUGUCUCGAUCGAUGUUGUUUUCUCUUCCUCUUCUCAGGCUACCAUCGGCUUCUGUGCUUAGGAUUUUUUCAUGAGGUUGACGUGUCCGUGCGGAACUUUUCCAGUGGGUUUGGCGUAGUCUUCAAAGCCAUUUACCUUUCAUACAUCGUCCGGGGAUUGAAAUGUUAGGCUUUGAAGGUCCUGGAACUAGUGAUGAAAUUAGAGAGAGCUUUGAGAAUUCUGAAGAUGAGAGGCGACUGUUCAAAAUUGGGAACCUCAAGAAAAAGGCAAUAAAUGCCUCAAAUAAAUUCACUCACUCUCUCAAGAAGAGAGGAAAGAGGAAAAUUGACUACAGGGUUCCUUCAGUAUCCAUAGAGGAUGUACGAGAUGCAAAAGAGGAAAGUGCAGUUCAUGAAUUGCAUCAAAAACUUCUUGAGAGGAAUUUGCUGCCCAGUAGGCUUGAUGAUUAUCAUACUUUACUGAGAUUUUUGAAAGCUAGAGAAUUUAACAUGGAAAAGACAAUCCGGAUGUGGGAAGAAAUGCUUAACUGGAGAAAGGAAUUUGGAACUGAUACUAUUCUAGAGGAUUUUGAAUUUGAAGAGCUUGAAGAGGUGUUGCAAUAUUAUCCUCAGGGAUAUCAUGGAGUUGAUAAAGAAGGCAGGCCAGUUUACAUAGAGAGGCUUGGCAAAGCCCAUCCAAGUAGGCUCAUGAAUAUCACCACGAUAGAUAGAUACUUGAAGUACCAUGUGCAAGAAUUUGAAAGGGCACUGCAUGAAAAGUUCCCUGCCUGUACAAUUGCGUCUAAGAGAAGAAUCUGUUCAACAACAACAAUAUUGGAUGUGCAGGGCUUGGGCAUGAAAAAUUUCUCCCGCACUGCUGCAAAUCUCUUAGCUGCUAUAACAAAGACAGACAGUAAUUAUUAUCCUGAGACGCUACAUCGAACAUAUAUUGUGAAUGCUGGUUCUGGUUUUAAGAAGAUUCUCUGGCCUGCUGCUCAGAAAUUUAUUGAUAUGAAGACUGUUGCAAAGAUCCAGGUUCUUGAACCCAAAUCAAUAGGAAAGCUACUUGAAGUCAUUGACUCAGAUCAGUUGCCAGAUUUCUUAGGUGGUUCGUGUACAUGUAGUGGUGUUGAAGGAGGGUGCCUUAGAUCUAAUAAGGGUCCGUGGAAUGAUCCCGAUAUUAUGAAGGUUGUGCAUAAUUUAGGAGCCACCUUUGUAAGGCAAGGCACAAGAGUGCCCAAGAACGACGCAAAAUUUCACUCUCGUGCUCAAAUACCUUCACUGAAGGGAAGUAAUGAUAUAUCAUUAGCGGAUUCAGGAUCAGAUAUUGAUGACUCGUACUCUCCACUGGAGCGAGCUAGCUCUAUGAUUCCUUGUUUGGCCCCAGUUCACGAAGAACUAAGGGCAGCAGAUCCUAAUGCUUACUACAGUUGUGAUGAUGACUUCCUACCUGCUAGGACAGUAAGUGAAAGUGACCAAAGAGUUAGAGGUUCUCAGGGUACAUCUCUUGAAAUAAUGGAUAAUGGGAAUUUCUCUAGCAAAGUGGCAUCAAACAUAGAAGGUACUAUAGCAAAUGAGAACGAAAUUCUGAAGCAAAAACUUGAGAAAAGAAACCUUCAUUUUGUGGGGAGAGGUCUUCUAUCAUUCUGGAUUAGAUUGGUAGAACUUGUCCGCAGUUUACAAUUUCAGUUUUGGAAAAGACAGAACAAUAUAUAUCCUUCUAACACAGAACAACACAUUACAAACAUCAAUGCUGCUGCAAUUCAAACAAUGAACAAAGAAGAUUAUGUCGGUCCAUGCUUACAACGUCUCGAGAGGCUUGAAAAAAUCUUUGUAGAGCUGAGCAACAAGCCUGCUAAGAUUCCUCUGGAAAAGGAGCAUUUGCUUACUGAAUCUUUGGACAGAAUCAAGUCGGUUGAAUUUGACCUGGAGAAAACGAAAAGAGCAAUCCACGCUACCGUCUUAAAGCAACUUGAGACGGGGGAGCUGCUGGAGAAAUUACGGGAGUCCCAAUGUCAACAGAGAAGAUUUUUGUGUUAGGUUACAAAAAGUACAAAAAGGUGAAGAAAUGAAAAAUGGUUACACCGAAGCAAGAGCAAAGACAAGCACGUGGAGUGACAACAAAACCCAAUGGACAAUGGCUGGCGGCAAUAGAAACGAGAGAUGUAGAGAGGAGGCAAACCAAAAACAGAUAAAUGCAUAUAUACGUGUACACUUUCACCCUUUGUUUGGUUGGAUCACCUCUGUCUUUGUUCUUUCUUUCUUCCAAUAUAUAUAUAUAUAUAUAU